GACACGGGUUUGAUUCCCGAGGACUGAAAUAGACAAAUCCAUUUUCGUGAGCAACACGUGGGUUCCGCCGCUAAAUCCGACCAGACAUUUCCAUCUCCGUCUGACUUUUUCACUGCCCCUGAAUCCGACGGCCCACUUUCCUCUCGUAACAGUAAAUUCUAUUCGAUUCUCAGUUCCCAAUAAGCAAAACCACCCUGCCACCCUUCCCCUUUAGCUUCUUCCAAUUCUCUCUCUCUCUCUCUCUCUCUCUCAUUCAAUCCCGGUCGUCUUCGAUCCUCCUCAUCUCAAACCGCACAAACGAUCACGGACAACCCUUUCUGCAUUAAGAUCUUGAGUUGUUGCUUUGCAUAGUUCUCAUCAAAUUUUGGUGUGGAAGAUCACGUUGAUCAUUUGACAUGGGUGCCGUGGUGAAUUCCAUAGAUAAAGACGACCGUAUUCCAAAAGAAGCCAAGGAGAUUCUACAAUCACUGGCUACAGAGUGGGAAAAUGUAGCUGAUUCAACUGCCUUGCAGGUUAUCCCUCUCAAGGGUGCAAUGACUAACGAGGUGUUCGAAAUAAAGUGGCCAACAAGCACCGGGGAGGUCUCACGUAAGGUUCUGGUUAGGAUUUACGGUGAGGGUGUUGAGGUGUUCUUUGACAGGGAUAAUGAGAUCCGAACGUUUGAAUACAUGUCAAAGAACGGUCAGGGACCUCGUCUGCUUGGCCGUUUUCCUAAUGGCCGAGUUGAAGAGUUCAUCCAUGCACGGACACUUUCAGCAUCUGAUCUACGUGAUCCAGAUAUAUCUGCUCUUAUAGCUACUAAAAUGAAGGAAUUCCAUGAUCUCGAGAUGCCCGGUCCAAAGGAUGUCGUCCUCUGGGGCAGAUUGAGAAAUUGGCUGAGUACAGCCAAGAGAUUGUGUAGUCCAGAAGAAGCUAAUGAAUUUCAGUUAGAUUCCAUUGAAAAGGAAAUCUCUAUACUGGAGAAGGAGCUCUCAGUACUAAAUCAGCAGUUAGGUUUCUGCCACAAUGAUUUACAGUAUGGAAACAUAAUGAUUGAGGAAGAGAGUAAAACGAUAACGAUAAUUGACUAUGAGUAUGCAAGUUAUAAUCCUGUUGCAUUUGACAUAGCAAACCAUUUCUGUGAGAUGGCGGCUGACUAUCACACAGAUACCCCUCAUAUUUUAGACUACAGUAAAUAUCCUGGCUUAGAGGAGCGCAAGAGGUUUGUUCGUAUGUAUCUGAGUUCUUCAGGCAAUCAACCUAGUGACAAAGAAGUGGAGCAGCUAGUUGAAGAUGUUGAGAAGUAUACCCUUGCAGACCAUCUGUUCUGGGGCUUAUGGGGAAUAAUAUCGGAACAUGUGAAUGAUAUUGAUUUUGACUACAUGCAAUAUGCAAAGCAGAGGUUUCAACAGUACUGGAGAACGAAGGCUUUGUUAUUGGGUUCUGUUGGAUCUUCCCCAGACACAGGGACUGAUGGUAACCGUACUACUUAGUUCUUCUCGAGUUGUGUUCACUUGUAGUGAGUUAUGUAUACGGUUGGUUAUUUAGAGCACCUUUGGAUUUGAUUAGAUUGAAGACUAGCAGUUAUUGUUUGUUGCUAUGUGAUACUGGUUUUGUAGGAAAUAUCCCAAGUGUUUUUGUUUCUCA